AUGGAAUUUCUCAAGUCCUGUAGCACCAAUGCGCAAGCUAUAGGAGACUUCGAAGCCAUCGCAUUUCAAGCCUUCUCUGUAUCGCGCACUACCAACCAGACUAGCUCGAGAGACCGCGAAUGGCCGGCUUCAGAUGACAUCCGCGCCGUGGAAUCGAAGCUCCGACAAGCAUCGCAUUGGGUGACACAGGAUGCUGCCCGACCGUGGCUGUGGCUGUUCAGGCCGGCUACGGUAGAAGAUUCGGAGCAGGCAGCUUUCGAGCUACCAACAGUAGACGGCUAUCAAUGGCAACGUGAACAGGGGGGACGUAUCAAGGCAGUGGAAUUGGCUCGACCACCCAUACGUACAGGGCAGCCAAGUCCCACGUCAGGCUCCGCGGCUCCCUCAACAACGUCAGCACCACAAAAAGGCUCACAGGUUGGAGGUGCGCGAGUUGCUCAAAGCCACAGCCAAGCUAACACUGCGGACCAGCAGCCGCCCGAUUUCUUUACCAUCUACGAUCUGCUCAUAUCGUCUGUCAUUGGUCUGAUAUCGUAUACCCUAGUUAAAGAUUGUAAAGUGGUUGCCUUGAACUACCGUACAUUCAUUUCGAGACCGUCAACCCUGAACACCCCUCAAGACACGCACGAUCUCUCAUCAUCAGACUUACAUUGGCUGACUAGCAUAUCUGCACACUGGACCAGCUCUGGGACUUUCUUGGUCUCUACCCUCACGCAAGGCAACCACAGCAUCUGCUGCUUAGAUCAAAUUGAGCAUGCAAGCCAACAAGAACAGCUCAUCGGCAGGGUCAUUAGAGUUGCCCCUAACGGUCUACUUGCGAGUAUAGUAACGUUUGACGAUCCCCUAGACACCAUUGCUGUGGAAACCACUUCACGCCAGAAGAAAAGACCAAGGACAACUACCGUCGAGCAAAGCAUAGCCAAGUGGAAAUCCACUGUCAUACGUUGGCUGGGCUGGAGAGGAUUCCUUUUACCUGAUCUCGAGAAGCGAGAGUCCUGGGUCAGAAUUCGCACCACUCAGGCAACCCCUUUCUCCACGUCUAGUCUGAACUCUUCCAGCCAUGAAUGGGAUAUACUUUGGCCGCGAGCUCUCUGCUUUCUCUAUACCCCAGAUCGAGUAGAGGAUACAAUGGGUGACCCAUUCAGCACAAGCAUGUCUGAGCCCAGGAGCAGCGUCCUAAGGUGGUUUGAAACAGCCAGCUCACCUGGCUUCAAGGAUCCUCUCGAUGUCGCUCAGGAGUGGGCAUUAGGUAAAGCCGAUCGUGACAAGUUCCUGGAAGCGCAACGAAGAGCCAAAAAAGCCGAGGAAGAGGCUGUCCGCCGCAAAGAUGAACAGGUUGGCCUAUUUCCGACAUCCCCUCUGAACACCCGUACUGGUGUGUACGGCGACAUGCAGGCUGUAGGCGGAGUCUACCCUACACCGCCCGAUGGCGUAGUUCCCCUUUCUGGCCCAUCUCACAGCGAUACUCCAAGCGUCUCGGGUGCUGUAUCCAACGUUAUACUUGCACCAGGUGGUAACAAUCCGGCCAUCAACCUUUCAGCGCCUCAGCAUCACUCCCAAACGGAGAUGCGGGAGCCUCUAACUUCACCGGCUUUCCCUGCCGCCCCCGACAAUUUCAACACAUCCAAUGGGAAUGAUGACCUUUUUGGAGACAUGGAAGAGGAGGGCUAUGAGGGUGACAAUAUCAAUGAUGAAGAUUUCGACUUUUUUGAUGCGCCCGAUGAUGAAGACGUCGAUAUGCUGGAUGCGCCGGAGAUGCCAGGGAGCAAAGUAGCAUCUGCAAAGGAACCUAGCACCCAGGAUGCGCAGGUUGCACCAGCACCACAGAUCAAGAAAGAAGAAGCGGAUCCAAGUGCCGCUCUCGAGCAUGCCCUCGCUACAGCGUCACAAUCGAAUCAGAGCGAAUUGUCCACCAGCAACAAGACUGGCCAAGGUGCGCCUAUCGCAGCCGAUCCGGUAAACGCACGUACAACUACUACGAGGGAAAAGCCAAUACAGCCGCCCAAGAAAGAUGUGAAGACUGUGAAACGGGAAACUACAUCUCCACCAAUCACCGGUGGAACUGUACAGAUUGUUCGGCUACAUCCAAACAAAAAAGUGACGCUGCAGACUCGAAAGGAAGAGACAUCUGAUCAUUCCCGUGACAGAGCUUUUGAUCCAUUACAUUUUAGUCGCAAAAUGAGCCUAGCAGACGCCAAAUAUGAAGACGGACGAUUUGGUGUGGACCGUGAGAAAAACACAAUCGCCGAGCGACGGGUCAUUUCGAGAUCAGCCGAGUCCAAGAAUCUCGGGGGCAUCCCUUUUAUGACGAAUCUUCGCCACGCUAUCGGUGCUGCAUCUACGGCCAGGAUCCCAGAGAUUACGGCAUUGGCCAGAGCAGCAAGCGAAGAUUCAGAUUCAUCGAGUGAGGACUCACAGGCCUCGGAGCACGAAUCAACGGAAGAGCCUGAGGCAAGUCCCAUGGCGUUCCUCAGUAGUCUCCACAUGCCUGCGAAGAGGAAGUUGCCUACGGACGGUAACGCCACACCCAUGUCUGUAACGUCUUUUGCAGAGUCGUGGGGUGGUGACUGGCAUGACCUCCAAGGACUGCAACUCGACGAAGCCUAUCUAGCGUCCCUUGAACCUAGCUCAUGGGACUGGUCUUUGGUCUACUCGUCGCCCCCAUCCGAACGCACGGUGCUCGGCGCUCGAUUCAGUAUGCCGGCUUUGCCACCGGCGAUGCAGAUGCCAGACACCCCGACCUCUCAGCCCGAUCUUAGCCUCGAAAUGUCAGAUGAAAGAUUGCUGAGUCUCAAGGACAGCAUCAUUAUUACUCAGAUUGUGACGGAUCAAAUCGUGUCGACUACGCUGGAUAUUCUCAAUGAGGACACUCCAAAUGAGACGAAAUUCGCUACUCCGCCGUCGCUGGAAGUACGCUGGCACUCAGCCAUCAAGAGCUUGUUCCCGGACGCUGUCGAAUGCACGGUUCCUGCGCUUGCAGCCGUCAACGACGUUUUCCCUGACUUCCAAGCACAAGGCAAAGGCCAACAGAGACCGCCACCGAGAAAGCAGAAUGAAGGUACAACAACUGGAUGUCAGAUGUUUCACAUGAAUCCGCCAUUCUUACGAGUCCGCCGCGCUGAUACUCAUUGGGACCUGCUUCCGCCCGCAGUAGCUUUCUGGGAACAUCUUGGACUGUCGCCUGCAAGCCCACCGAAAAACAUUGUCAGUUUCUGUAUCUAUCCACACAGUGAGUCUCUCAGGCCAUGUCUUGAGGGGUUCCUUCUCAAUCUACAGCUUGCGUAUGAUAGCUGUAAGCUCGGCAGUCAUGGCCGUAUUGAGACUGUCGUGGAGUUCGAAGGUGGAUUAGUCCCUUGCAAACUUACGAAUCCAACAUCGGAACGCGAUGCCUUUAGGGCUUACAAAGAUACCUGCGUCCAGCUUGGGAAGUUGCUGGCCAUGCAAUAUCCCAAGAUCCAGGAGCAACAGGAGGCCAAGAUUGACGCCUUUGUUAUCUACAUGGUCGAUCCUUUUGGCGGUCCAUCCGCUUUGUGGGAGCUAUGUCAGUCAUUUUGGGCACUAUUUCAAGCGUAUGGACAAGGGCCCCCAGGUCGACCCGACCAAUCUCAGAAACCGGAUCUGGUACUGCAAGUGGUACCAAUGAAGUACAUUGCCUCAUUUGAUGCCCCCGUCAUACUCGAUCCGAGCACGUACAUCAAUCUUGCACGCGAGGUCUAUGACCGCUGUCCUCCCAGUGCACCCAGCGGGGACAAGACAUGCUUGAGCAUAUACACAGCUCCAGCAUUCCAACUCGAGGAGACUAUUCCGCGGAGCAUACCCUUUAAACUUCUGUCCGAGCCUCCUCAGGAUCUGCUUCGUGAGAAUUGCUACAUGCAUCUCGGCUACGCCGUUAGUCUUGAUGGCCUCUGGGUAACAGCUGCCUGGACCGAUACCUGCGGGAAGUCGCAGACCGUUGUCUCAUAUCACCUUGGGACGCGCAUGUUUGGUGAGAUCGCCAAGGAAAUCUGGCAAACCACCAUUGAGAUACUACAAUCGCGCCGCGUUCAUUGGCGCGUCUGCAUUGCCAAAGCAGGUGUUAUGGACAGAGAGGAAUUAGAAACAUGGGUGCUGUUGAUUUCCUAUCCCGCACAACUCAACCUCUUCAUCACACUCCUCACCGUAGAUACGGACGCACCUUUUAAGUUUACACCUACCGUACCUACUUCCCAAGCUCAAGCCGGUACCGCCACACCAGGCUCUACACCACAGCCAACCGUCUCCCCCGACCCAACCGCAAGUCUCACCCCCGCCGCCACACCAUCCUCCCUGGAUCCCUCCCUAGAUCCCUCGCAAGACCCCGACGCCCGUCUCAUCGAUGUAACAGACGAAACAUGGGGCAUAACUCUCGGUCACCGUCUCCAUAACUCCAAUUCGACAAACCACUUCAGUCCCGCGCUCAUCUCCGGUCUGCUAGUCAAACGCGGCACAUCCUUUGCAACAAGCCAUUCCAUAUCGCACCCGAUCCCCGACCCAGAGCCCGGCCCCAUCGUCAUAGCAGUGAACAUACUCUGGAUCGGCGCAGUGGGAAGCAACACCACUCCCAGCGCCACCAACAAUCCCAGCCACAUCCCCAACUCCAACAAUCCGAACAACGCCAGCACAAGCCGCACCUCCUCCCCCUUCCCCGCCUCCACAAACCCUUCCACCGACCCAGGAACACCGUCUUCCUCGCCCGCCUCGGCCCCGCCCUCGCCCAGUCCUGCCUCGGAGGCAGCAGGGCCGCGCAGCACGAGCAGUCUCAUGUGGACGCCUACGCCACAGACGAGGAGUACAGCGGAGAAUUUGCUCAAGGAGAUUUUGGUCCCUCGGAUACGAUAG